AUGUCUAACUUCGGAUUUGAAACAACCGGCGAUGAGAUCGCGUCCAUUUGCUCCAACGCGAUUCGAGGCAAGGUUAUACUCAUAACCGGUCCAUCUGUUGGAAGCCUUGGUGCUGAAUUUGCUACGACCAUCGCCCCGCACAAGCCCUCUUUGAUCAUUCUUGCUUCUCGCGAUACUUCUAAAAUCGAACCCGUUGCUGCUUCAAUCAAAGCCAUUACACCUGCAGUGGCCACCCGUAUACUUAAGCUCGACUUGGCCUCCCAAGCAAAAGUUCGUGAGGCCGCUGAAGAAGUCAACAGCUACGAUGAUGUUCCACACAUAGAUGUGCUCGUGAAUAGCUCGGGUGUGAUGGCAGUCCCGUACAGUCAAACGGCCGAUGGCAUCGAGCUUCAAUUCGGUGUCAACCAUAUCGGUCAUUUCUUAUUCACGAAUUUGAUUAUCAACAAGCUGGUAUCGAUGGAUGGGAGUCAGAUUAGUCGUGUCUUGAAUGUUUCAAGUAAUGGUCACGAGUUGUCUCGUGUGAGAUUCGAGGACUGGAACUUCGAGCAUGGCCCCUACAAUCGCUGGUACGCUUAUGGCCAGUCCAAGUCCGCGAAUAUGUUAUUCUCCGUCUCGCUUGCUGCACGAUUUGCGGAUAAAGGACUUAUCUCCGUGAGCCUUCAUCCUGGAGCCAUCCGCACGAAUCUCAGCUCUCAUCUUGAAGCCGCUGCGUGGUCUGAACUCGGCGAGAUUGGUCGCAAACUUGCGCUGCCCAAUUUCUACACAGGCUUCAAGUACAAGAGUCCGCAACAAGGCGUCGCAACCUAUGUGUUCGCAGCAUUCCAUGAAUCCGUACAGAGACAGGCCAACGGGAAAUUCCUGGAAAACAGUCGAGUGGCAGACCUCGAAGAGUACAAAUGCUGGGGUCGAGACUCUACAGAAGCGGAAAAAUUGUGGAAGCUAAGCGAGAUAAUUGUUGGACAAAAGUUCAAUUAA